UAGCCAUCAUCAGCUACGAUCAAUUUCAAACAUCAUCCAUCACAAUCCCUACUAUUCCGGACUUUUUGUCGUACGGAAUUGUACUAAAAACCCGAGCACAACGAAAGAACUCCUCUUAGAGCACGCGUUGCCAUCACUCGCAAUAUCCGAUCUCGUUGACAGUUCUUCCUAAUACCACACUGCUGCUUGCAGUCCCGCCACCAUGCAUAUCACGAAGAAGCUGGCGGCGUCCCAUGCCAAGGGCCAGGCGACAUACUCUUUCGAAUACUUUCCUCCCAAGACUGCUCAGGGUGUGCAGAACCUGUACGAUCGUAUGGACAUGAUGCACAGCUGGGGACCUUCAUUCAUCGACAUCACAUGGGGAGCAGGCGGUCGCCACUCGCAGCUCACCUGCGAAAUGGUGAAAACGGCGCAAUCUGUGUAUGGGCUGGAGACAUGUAUGCACCUGACAUGUACAGACAUGGAGCGCAGCAAGGUCGAUGACGCCCUCAAAGAAUGUUACAACGCAGGAUGCACCAACAUUCUAGCAUUGAGAGGCGACCCUCCACGUGAGCAAGAGAAAUGGGAGGCGGCUGAGGGCGGAUUCCGCGUCGCAGCAGACUUGAUCAAGUACAUCAAGGAAAAAUACGGAGAUCACUUCGAUAUUGGCGUCGCGGGAUACCCAGAAGGUCCUGAUGAGAACACCAGUGCCGAUGAACACAUCGUCUAUCUCAAGGAGAAGAUUGACGCAGGUGGAACCUUUAUCGUCACUCAAGCCUGCUACGAUGCCGAUAUCUUCAUUGACUGGGCCAAGAAGGUUCGUGCUGCUGGCAUUUCUGAGUCAGUUCCGAUUAUUCCCGGCAUCAUGCCCAUCUCCACAUACGCUGCAUUCGUUCGCCGAGCCAAAUGGACAAACUCGCACGUCCCGCCGGAAUGGUAUGCACAGUUAGAUCCUGUCAAAGAAGACGACUCCAUUGUACGAGAGAUUGGCAGAGACCUCAUGACAGGCUUUUGUCAGCGAUUACUGGAUUUUGGCAUCAAGCAUUUACACUUCUACACCAUGAACCUGGCUGGCGGCUCCCGCAUGAUUCUCGAGAAGCUCAACAUGGUGCCGGCUGAAGAUGUGCCACAUCCUGACAUCAAGCCUCUUCCCUGGAGACAGUCCCUCGGUCUUAACAGGCGAGAGGAAAAUGUCCGCCCUAUCUUCUGGAGGAACCGCAGUCGCGCAUACAUUGCUCGCACACAGGAUUGGGACGAGUUUCCCAACGGUCGAUGGGGAGACAGCAGAUCUCCAGCUUUUGGAAGCCUGGACGAGUACGGUAUUGGGCUGAAGGGUACCAACGAGCAGAACCGCAAGCUUUGGGGUGAGCCCAAGAACAUCAAGGAAGUCUCGGACCUCUUUGUUGGAUACAUGAGUGGAAAGGUCUCAUCCUUGCCUUGGUCAGAGUCUCCGAUCAACACUGAAGCCAAUGCUUUGGUCAAAGAUCUGGUGGAUAUCAACAAACGAGGUCUGUUCACCAUCAAUUCACAGCCUCCGGUCGAUGGCGCCAAGUCCUCGGACCCAGUCUACGGCUGGGGUCCACGGAAUGGUUACGUGUACCAAAAGGCAUACCUCGAAGUGCUGGUCCACCCGUCGCUCAUCAAAACACUCAUUGAACGCAUGGAUAAAGACCCCGAGAUCACAUAUUUCGCCGUGAAUAACCGAGGCGAGCUCAUCACCAACACACAGGACGACAGCGGUCCAAAUGCCGUGACUUGGGGUGUUUUCCCUGGCAAGGAGAUCGUUCAGCCUACCAUUGUUGAGACCGUCUCCUUCUUGGCCUGGCGAGACGAAUUUUACUACCUCGGAUCGGAAUGGAGCAAGUGCUACGAUGAAAGCUCCGAGAGCCGCAGAUUGAUCAAGGAGAUUAGCGAAACCUGGUACCUCGUCAACAUCGUACACAACGACUUUCGCAAGGCCCGCCCGAUCUUCGAUCUGUUCGAUGGCCUGCAGGCUCCGGGCAUUGAGGAGCAACAGAGCUCCAAAUUGACCAACGGACAUCACGAAGUGAAUGGCGAGAAGUCAUUGCCCGAGCUCAACGGCGUGCCCGACGGCAACAAUGUCGUCAACGGUGCCAACCAUGUCGCCGCUGCCGCUCACUGAUUACUCCAUUCAUCAUCUCCAACACCUCUUUUCAACAUUUAGAGAGACCACCUCACAUAGAUAUGGUCUUUGGCGUAAAAAAACUGCAUUUCAGCAUUUGCUUAACCAGGCGCAAAGAGGGAAUAGCGAUUGCACUUUCUGAUGAUACCCCAUUCAACAGGGAUCUGGGAACUGGCCCAGGCAUAACGUAAAUGAUCACAUUUUUAG